CAACUUGAACUUUCAACUCAAACUAAAUGACGCCCUCAAUGGACAUGCAGCCUUUGGAAUUUCGCCAUCUUCACUGUCGAGGUCACGGUAAGGCUUGACUGGAUGACAUGUUUUGUUCCAAUCGCCUGAGUUUCCUGCAUAAUAACAAGAGCUGAAUAUUUCAUAAAUAAUUAGCGAUUGAUCUGUUAUUUCCAACUUGGGAUUUGCGGGCCCUUCUAAUUGCAAUAUACAGGUCAGGUCAGUGAGGUGUCGGAUAUAGAAGAAGUCUCCAUGUUUUCGUCACAAAGUGAAAAACCGGAAGUAACAGUAACUUGGCUACUCGAGGACCAAUGUGCGAGCCAAAAUUGUUGGUGGAGGGACCUCGCUAAAAUUGGCGGUUAGAGGUGAUGGCAGCAUCAUACUCAUCUCGAGAGUCUUCUAUUUUUGUUAAUUGGGCCUAUAUGAGCUUGCCGGGCACUCUCGCUGUGUUUUCUUGAUUUGUUUCUUUGGAGGAUUCCUUUUUCUAGGGAAAUGAUACCCAAUAUUGCACCAGGUUCAUGUUGCUGAUUUCAAUGAAUUGAUUACCUAAUUCAAGUUGGUUCAAUUUAAUACAAUCAUUUAUUUGUAAUGCUAGCAUGAACUUCAUUGAACUUUAUUUCUCGGUUUGCAUUUCAUUGUUAUAACUUUUUUUAUAAAAUUCACCUAAUUUACAAUUUAAAGACAGAAAAUAUGAAAAUGAAGAAAUUUUUAACUGACAUCAUAAAACAGGCCACAGUAUCCAGUAAAAUUGUUAUUAAAACACGAAAUAGCACAAGGUACGAAGGAAAAGCGAAAGAAAGGCUUUUUCAGUUUUAGUUGAGCAGAUAUAAACUUCCUGACUGGGUAAAGUUUAAGAGUGGUCAGCCUGGGUCUGUGUCAUCAAGCAAUAAUGUUCCAAGUUUUGCUAACUUUGCUGCCUGGUAGACUGACUUAAAUCCAAAAUAUUAUCACAAUAAUUUUCCCGCAGAUCUAAUAAUUCUGUCUAUUUUCCAAAGAUUCUGCGCCGUAAGGCCACCUACCCAUGCUACACAACAAAAUGCAAAGACAGACUGAAUGGUACUUCGAUAAAACAUUGAAGUAUCCCGAUCAACGUUAAAUACUUUAAGUUUUCUUCGGAAGUAAAAUUAGCCUUCGCACAUUACGUUUGCGUAUUGAUACUUCAAUUCAAGCGAUUACCUUAAUUCAUACAUAACCAAGUGCUUAUGGUGACUGACUACUUCAGUAUCAAUACCAACAAUCUCCUGAGUUUUCCGAAAAUCAAACGUAAGUUCCUUAAUUCUUAUUUCAAUUUAGCACCAGAAACGAUGUCAUCAUCAGACAGCCUCAGUCAAACCGAAGCAACGGAUUUCCUGGAGGGCGUACUACAGCUGACGGCUCCGCUGGAACACCUGGCGAAAGACCGAGUCGGCUUCCUGCGUGACCUCAUCACUGCCUUCCUUGGAACGAUUCCCUUCCAGAGCCUGACGGCGAUCGCCACGCCCAGGCCAGAGAGGCGGGCACUGACCUUCACCGAGGUCAAGGCCAACAUGAUGGCCCGCGUGGGCGGCUUGUGCUUUGAGAUCAAUCACUUCAUGAAGGCUCUUCUGGAAACGCUCGGAUUCGAGGUAUACCACGUCGGCUUCAGAACCUUCGGGAAGCCGAACAAUCACCUGGCAACUGUGGUGAAGAGUCUGGUCCGACCUGGCGACCUCCAUCUGGUGGAUGUUGGCAUUGGGUAUCCCACAUUUUUGCCCAUACCUCUGGACUUUGAUAAGGAGUCACCAGUCUACACGUCCGGUUUCCUGACGCACAAGUUCGUGAAGGGUGACAACGGCAGCAUCCAGUGGAUGCUCAGGGCAGGGCGACACUACAAGGAAAGCGAAUCAGGGGCAACCGAGGGCGAGUGGUUCACGUUCAUGGUGUCCGACCUGGUGUUCCACGAUAUCGAGUUUUUUGCAGACAGCAUGGAAAAUAUCCACACUGUGGAGAGCGGCCCAGAGGCCCUGUCGCCUUUCUUACGCACUCUAAGGGUGGUGGACUUCCGCAACGGCAGGCUUAUUGCCAUCAAAGACACCAUCAUCUUGGAGGAAGACGGUAGCGGCAAGAUAAACAAGAAGUGCGCAACGCGCCCUCAAGAGCUGUUGGAAGCGAUCCACGAUCACUUUCCACAGUUACCCACUGAGGCUGUUCUGAAGGCUAUGGACACCAUUGAUCUCAAAUUUGACUGCUAAGCCUAUAAGUUAGGUUACUGAUUCACUAAAAUAUUAUGAAAUCCAUCCUAACAAUAUCGCCAUAUCCCAACAAUCACUCGUGUCUGUUUGUGUCAAGUUUGAGAAACGACUUGACUCCGAAAGUCUCUCACUUCUCCUGUUGAAUCAUGCAAAUAAAGCUUUCAGUAAAGGCAAGUGCAGCAACGAUUUUUUUUUCAUUGUGACUCUCUGCUAGCAUGUUUCAUUCGUUGAACGUAUUUCAGCAUAAGCAACUUAAUUACUGUAUUAAAUAUAGGCGCUUCUUGUUUAUGCUAAACGGUUAUUGGCAUAUACUUUUUAGUAUAAUUUUUUUAUGUUUUAAAACUGUUCUUUUCUGCAUGAGAUUGGAAGAGAGGGUAAUAAUGAGAGAGUUGGUGGUUAAAGUAAAUUGGUGUCGGGUGGACUUAAUUACACCAAGUUAUCGGAUAAUUAUUUGACCUGACUAUGUUAUUUGAAUGUUUGGUUCGAUGGGGAAUUUUUCGGUCAGGCAAGCUUCUAAAGAAAAAUAGUUGAUAUGUAUAAGUAUUUUAUACCUUUCAAUCGAUUCAAAUUUCUUUCUCAUAAUUAUGUGUUUUUUUAUACUUCAAUAAAAUAACAGAUUCGGGGCCAAAAUCCUGUCGCACACAAACCUUAAGGGAAUGAUAAAUAAUUGCUGGUACUUAUUCACUUACCUUUCGAGCAACAUUAAUAAACGAUACUGGUAUUGUUCUGGUUUUAUAGUGUCUACGGCUUCAAAUUACAGGUGAUUCCAUUGGAAGUGGUUGAAUCCACUUUCACAGGCUCGUGUAUAAUUUUAACACUUCGAGGUGGCAGUAGGUCAGACCCAGCCCUGCUCACGAUGUGGUACAUAUGCUGCAACCGGUCAUGUGACGUUACCCUAUUCAGAAAUGCGUUGAUUAGCCUUUUGAGUUAACAAUACAUUCUUUUUCUUAAAAAAUCUGACAGAUCAAAAGCCACUUGAUACUAGACACAGCAAUCGCAGUUCUGACAUUAUUAUCACUGAAGCACAUUAUUAGAAACCCUCUUAAACAGUCAACUACGCCGUUUUUGACGUUCUACGGGUUGAUAAUCUUCUUCCAGAUGGUGGCGCCAUCUUCAUAACCUUGAAGACUCAUUAAUGUGCCACAUUAAAUGAAUGGGCAAUUCGUGGAUGGAGUGCAUUAUACGUGUAGUGCCUUUUUCUCUGACUUUGUUGAUUUCCCCCCCAGAAAUAUCUUGUUUCAUAUUCGAUGGUAGCUACAGAUUUUCGCUUCAAAUGAAAAGACUCCCGUUUCCUUUCAGUUCCAUUUGGUUCAUAUUUGUACAUACUCAGUUUUAUUUUUAGUAAGGUGAGGUGACAGAGCGGCCGGCGCUGUAAGCGACGCUUGCCUGGUAGUUGCGCCAACCGUACAGUAUCAAAUCAUAUGAAGACUUCGUGUCAUCCACCAUUUCGUUACAGUCGCCCCUUGUUUAUUUCUGAUCCCUUAAAACUGAAUCGAUUAUGUAAUUACGAUAUUUGGUAAAUGCCAUAGAAAGAUUUCUUUGUAAGAAUAUCGGUUUUAUUAAAAGGAUAUAUAUACCUGAAGACUUAACAAUUCUAGACAGCACCGAUGGUCAUAGUACUACACGUUAGAUCUAUUAAGGGCAAAGCCACGUUGUUGUAUGAUUGAAUCACUCAGCUGCGGCUUGAAAUUACACACGACUCUAUUGGAACGGGCUCCAGCCAUGACCAUUGUCUCGUGCGUAAUAGUAGGCCGUAGCCAAGUAAUUCGGACACGGCUUAUAAUAGGGGUUUGUCGAUGUACCGUAAAAAAAAGGGCCGAGUGUGUUUUACUUGGAAUUGUACAGAUUUAAAGGAUUCCUUGAGGGCUGGCACGUGACCCCGCAGCUGGGUGAAAUCCAGCCUUGUCGUUAGCCGAAGGACCCGUGGUGCAUAAGCCUUAAAUUUGUUUAUCAUGACCUGUCUUGUAUGAGAGUGUGCAUAUGAGAGGGAAAGUACAAAUCGUGCACGUCCGGGUUGGAAUCGUUAUUUUAUUAUGUGAUCAUGCUCCAGUGACCUUUUUGAAUAUGGAUUUACUAUUAAACCUCACGGGGUUUAGGCAUUGUGGUACUUAGACUUGUCCACCAGUCCUACCAGGCGUGACAUACACCUGUACAACCAUGUAGGUUUUUUUUUUUUUUUUGAAUGACCUUAUAUGCAUGACGUUUCUUCUUCGCAUGUAAAGGGUAUACUCAUAGCGUGUUACUUGAUUGAGGACUUUGGAGGUGAAAGUUAACUUUGCAAACCAGUAAAUAAGCUACCAUAGAAAACAGCGUGGAAUUACCGCACUUCCCAAAAAAUCCAAAAAUACAGGUUUCGCAGGUGUUCCAGACAAAUAGGAAAUUUAAGUUCACUUCUUUAUCAUUCCAUUUUCUUUUCAUUUUUUGCUGGCUUACCUUUUGAAGAUAUUUCUCUCGAGAGAACCCAAAACCGUCAUGAGACCCAAGGCCGUUUCGAAAACUGAUGCUUACCCCCCAUUGCAAAUGAAGGGACUUGGAGGGCCCUGUUAUGUCUGAUACUUUCAGAAAUACAGGCUGGCAGUCCUGCUGGAAGAUUCCAUUUCCCUCCUUUGGAAACCAUCCAGUCGACGGGCCACAAAAUGCUCCAUUAGCACAGCGUACAAACCGUGAUACGGUCCGCGUGCAGGUUUGGGGCCCAUUUAC